AUGUUCUGCAACACGGCAGGCGAUUAUGUCGUCCCACAUAUUGUAUGGUUAGCAGCCCACCUCGCGUCACAUCCUUAUGAGCCUACAUCUUACAGUUGGGGAUCUGCAGUGUUGGCUGCAACCUACAGAGGAUUGUGUGAUGCAACCCAGCGAACAAAGAGGAAGGCAACCAUUACAGGGUGCUUACAUCUCUUACAGUUAUGGAGUUGGGAGUACCUCCCGAUUUCCAGACCUUGGGUGCUCAAGUGCUACUACCCAGUUCACAUCUCUGAUGGCAUUGCAGAUGACAUAAGGCCAACGAUGGGGUAUCGGUGGAUUCAUGCCAGGCUAAGAUGGAGUCAGCAGCAAGACCAUGGUAACUACUCCAGGGUGAUAAGUGACCUGGACAUCCUUAGCGCUGAUCUAGUGGAUUGGGAUCCAUGGCGUAUGGCACGAGUAAAAGAAAUUGCAGAUGGUGGACUCCUGGCAUCCUCUUGUAGCCAUGACGCAGACUUAUGGUUGACCACAUGCUUCUUGUUGUACAUGAACUGCGUGGAAGUAUAUUCUCCAGAACGUGUACAGAGGCAGUUCGGGUACCGACAGGUGGUGCCUGUUCCAGCACCACGAGACGCCGGACGGGCGCACGAGUGGAGCUCAAAGGGGGGCGGAGGCACGCAGGACUGGGCAUCCAAGAAUGCCGAGUACAUACGGAGGUGGACAGAAUCAGCUGCGGUGGAUGUCAUCAUUACUGCUGGACAAUACGACGAGGCCACGUACUGGGACUACCUUGCUUGGUACCGUCCGCGCACGCGUGCCACCUUACUCAGCGGACCUGUACAGCCGGGCCCCAGACCCUUCCCCGAGGAUCGUGCCCGCCUACUUCAUAGGCAUAUGAGAUGCAUACGCAAGCGGAUCAACCUUUUGGGGGAACCAAGCAGGUCAUCAUCGCAGAGGGAUCGUAACCCUCUCCGGGAGUACAUGAGGACAAGAGGAUCCCGCUUCCUAAACGCUAUACGUGGUCUAGGUGGGUGUGCCCCGCAAUGGAGGGGGUACGACCAACAUGCUAUGGACCCGUCUCGUGCCUCCCACAGCAGGCGGUCCUCCCACAGCAGGCGGUCAUCCAGUGCUCGUGAGGAACCCGUCCGGUCAGAAUCACGACAUACAUCUUCAGCUUUGGCGCGUCAUGUCUCAUGUUCCGGUGCUGAGGCCGAGGAGUGCACGCAGCCUCCUGCGCCCGAGCAGGUUACGCUGGGUUCACUAGCACCUCCGGCUACAAUGACACCUCCGGCUGCAGCAUCUACUCAUCAGGAGGACGUCGUUGACUACACGCAGCAGACCCCUUGCUGGAGCGACCCUAAUGCUUUUGACUGGGGUGCUGCAAUGCAUGCGACCGCCACCUUCACUGAUCUACUCGGCGGACAGUCCUCCCAUGAUCUCAAUGAACCUGGAAGUUCACAUUGGUAA